UUCUAAAGCCACUAUGACAUCAUAAAUAGAAUUGUUAGGAAUGCUUCUUUUAUACAUUCUAACAGCAGGUGAAAGUACUGAGGGCUUAUUUUGCUGCUAACAAUCUCAGUUGAACACAUUUGACUUACGAGAGCAGUUUUUGAGACUAUGUACUCCUUUUCAAUGAAUUCCUGUGACUGGUCCCAGUCUUCUUACAUUCCACCACCUCAAAUAGGCCUGAAUUCUGGACCCCCGAUGGCCCAAAAUGACUUGACGACACCUCCAUAUCCACCUCCUCCUUACCCACUGCAGGAUUGCAGAGAUGAGGUGGAAUCUGUCGCCCUUCCAAGAUCUGAUGCAAUUGAGACCCAUUGUGGUGUUAUCAGACCCGAAAAUUUGAUCUGGGAUCCUUCAAAUCUUAAUGAGCUUGGUCCAUUGACAUUUGUGGGUGUUUACAACCUUCCACCAGCCUUCUGGCCUGCCGUCACAGAGCAGGGAGAGGACAAGCGCGAGCUGUCUCUCAGCGCUGGCGUCACGGAAGCUGCAGCCACUGAUUCUGAGGAACUUCUGCCUUAUUUCACAGGCUCAAGAAAGAGAAAGAGGGCUAUUUACUCUUGCAAUGAGUUCUCUCCUGCUGCUGUCGAACAUUUUGAGAUGCAUGAUGAUUUUGAGCUCUCUGAGCCUCCACAUUCAAAGCCUCGCUUGGACUCUUGUGUUGAAGAUGUUCUCUCUCUUUGUCAUGGCAGUGAUGUGGAUGGGACAAACAGAGCUGAUGACAGCAUCAACAUAAAGAAUCCCUCCUCCUUCGUGCCAUAUGAUACGACGGACCUUUUGGAGGAUUUUGAUUUCUUGACACCUUCCCAUCAAGCAAAUGAGAUCAUUUCAGGCCUCUCUGUAGAUGAAUAUGGACAGACAGAGAUUGCUGCCGUCACAGAGCAGGGAGAGGACAAGCACGAGCUGUCUGCAGCCACUGAUUCUGAGGAACUUCUCUCUUAUUUCACAGGCUCAAGAAAGAGAAAGAGGGCUAUUUACUCUGGCAAUGAGUUCUCUCCUGCUGCUGCCGAACGUUUGGAGAUGCAUGAGGAUUUUGAGCUCUCUGACCCUCGCCUGGACUCUUUUGAGAGUAUUGAAGAUCUUUAUCAUUACAUCUUCUCCGACGAAAGCACUGCUUUUUACGAUUAAAGCGAUGUAACUGGUUUCUGUGGUUUCUGUAACUCCAAAAAGUUGGCUUUUUUCCCCUUGACAGUCGGACUCGGCCGGAUCUCCGUCACGGUGAUAAUAUUAACUGGUUUGUGAUCUGUAUAAUGUCUGCAACGAUGGAGGUGUGUGUCGGAGCCUUUUCAUUGCCGUCAUAACAUCAACUGGACGCUUGUCCCGAGAAAAAUGGCAUUCGUCAGC